AAAAAUAAAAAUAAAAAUCUGCUAAAGGAAGACCAAACAAUGAACAAUUAACGGUUGAAGUUGGCUUUUAGGUUUAUGGAACAACUGGAAAACCCUAAUCCAUGGAGUGAAAAGAUGUUCGCAUCCCCAGUACUUUCGCCAGCCAUGGCAGACAUACCUCUGGACCUUGUCGUCGAUAUAAUCUGGCGAUUACCGGCUAAGGCUCUUUUACGCUUCAGGCAAGUCUCAAAGAUAUGGAAACGCCUCAUCGAUUGCUCUAAUUUCGUCAAUCUUCAUAUGAAGAAAUCAAUCGACUCUCAAGUUCAUUGCCAUCUCAUUAUCCGAAAGAAUUCUGAUCUCUUCUCCGUUGAUCUCGAUCUGUUUGACCCCGCCGUUGAGCUUAUUCACCCUCUGAUGUGUUACGGUAGUCGAAUUAAUAUUUGGGGAUCUUGUAAUGGCAUAUUGUGUAUCUGUAACGUUGCUGAAGAUAUCGCUCUCUGGAAUCCAUCCACGAGGAAGUACCGUAUAUUGCCGUCUCUGCCCUCGGAGCGUCUCCGUGAUGGCGUUCUUCGCUUCGCCAUUGAGUCUUACGGGUUCGGGUUUGAUUCUGUUCACGAUGACUUUAAACUCUUGAAAAUUUCGCAGUUUAUUGGAUUAGAAGACCCUCUGGAUUUUGAUUCACAUGUUAAGGUUUUUAGUAUGAGAAAGUUUUGUUGGAUGCCGAUUGAAAGUAUGACUUACAUUCUGCGGUAUAACACGAAAAUGGGGGUUUUUGUCAAUAGUGCUUUACAUUGGGUUGUGUCUCGGAAUUUGGGGAUGGGGUCAGCUGACUUAGUGGUGGCUUUUGAUCUUGGAACUGAUAAAUUUCAAGAGAUUCCAUUGCCAGAGCUUACUGAUAGCCAAUGUGAAAUUCAUGUGGAUGUUUUAGGUGGGUGUCUCUGUUUGCUUGCAAAUUUUGAUCGAAUUCGCUUUGAGGUUUGGGUGAUGAAGGAGUAUGGAGUUAAGGAAUCGUGGAUGAAAUUACUGACUGUUUCUCAAGUUGAUUUUGUUGGUUCCAUUAAGUCUGUGAAACCAUUGUCUUAUUCUAAGACUGGCUGUAAAGUUCUUCUACUUCAUAAUCGUAGAAAGCUCAUUUGGUAUGAUCUUCAUACUCAAAAAGUGCAUGAUGCUGUGAUUGAUGGGCUGCCUCAUAGCUUUGAUGCUGAAACAUUAGUGGAAAGCCUUAUUUCAGUUGAUACUUACAGGGAAAAUACUGUAAAGAAGAUCCUCGAAGAGAAGAGGGAUGAUUUCUUGUCAGAAGGGUUCAAAUUGGUGUUAUAGACAAAAAGAGAAGAGCAACUGCGGGAGUGGAAAUGGGUAUUUCUUUUUCUUUUUCUUUUUCCUAAAAAUUUGAAAUAGAGUUUACACUUUGCUUAGCCUCACAAAAUUUUACUCUUGAAAACAAAGAGCUAAAAAGGAAUUUCUUAUCUAACCAAAAGGGGCCUUAGUUUUUAUCACAAAAUUGAAUUUUAUGGAUUCCUUCAUGGUUAAAACUGAGAGUUGAUGAUGGGGUGCUAUAUUCUAUUACACAUACGAUCAUCAUUUUGAAGGUAGAAAGAUAUAAAUAUGGUGGAUGGCAACAUCUCGAUGCAUAAGGCGUCAAAACAGAUUCUCACCGCACCACUCUGAGUUUUUAGGUUGAAUGAAAGAUCUUUACAUACUCUUAUCACAUCCUCUACAGGUGGUUAUACUGUAUUAAGUAGCUGACUUGUGUAGUUUGUGGAAUUGAUAGUUUUGUUGUGAUUUGGGCUCUUGUGAUAUAUAUUGUUAAUGGUGACUAUUUCCGGUUUGUAAAUAAAUAAAAUGUAUCAAGACAAGAUUUUCAAAGAAAUUUAAUUCAUUGAAUCAAACUUUAUGUGUAUUAGUUUGUGUUAGUAUAGUGGUUCACUCUUUCUAUUCUCUAUCUUUGAGUCAAGGAAGUUGUUAGUCCUCCAAAAGUUUUAGUCCUUUAGUCCUCUCUCCCUCCUGUAACUUCAAAGGUCUUCCAAUCUUCUUUUUCUCCUUAUAUGAAGGGACCUCUAUAGAGUUUUCUAAAAUUCUUUCAUGGGCUUGGGUCGGGUUACUUUUCGACUCAUAUUUUGGAAAUUGUCCUAGAUAGCUAAAAUGCAGAUACACUUUGAAAGACUACUAAGUGCAUUUCUUUGAGGCUCCACAUUCCAGUCUUUUUGCUUAGAUACUCUCAAUGCAGAUCUCCUAUUUAGUUGGCCAUAAAUUGGUUGCACUUUCUACAUUUAAGGAUGCUGUACCCAUAGUUUCAGUUGGGUUUAUUAUUAUUAUUAUAAUUAUUACUACUACUACUAUUAAUAUCUCAUUAGCUCUCAGUUUUUCAAACUGAGUUUUACUGGUAACUUUUUCUGCACUUCCUACAUUUAAGGAUGCUGUACCCAUAGUUUCAGUUGGGUUUAUUAUUAUUAUUAUAAUUAUUACUACUACUACUAUUAAUAUCUCAUUAGCUCUCAGUUUUUCAAACUGAGUUUUACUGGUAACUUUUUCUGCACGUUUAGGGAGAUUUUUUAUUAUCAUUGGCUACUGUGAGACAGUGAGUUGAGAUAACAAAAAUACAAUGUCUUUGCAAGUAACAAAACCGAUCCAUUGCGAUAGAUGCCAAAUAGUAGUAAAGGUUAUAGAUUUGUUGAUUUUGAUACUAUAUGUUCUUAUUUUCUCUUGAGGAAAACUUGAAAUUUCAUAGGGUGUAAAGAUUUUUGAAUGCCAAAUGGUGGAGUAGAUUUUUUAUGAAUACUAAACUAUUUGUAGGAAGCAUGGUUUUUUGUAGGUGUGUUUGGGGAUUAAAUGUUGUUAAUUUUUAAUUUUGAUUGGUGAAAAAUCAACUUUAACUAUUUCCUCUUCUAUUUUUUUUAAUUUUAUUAAAAAAAAAUCUAUUAACAUCUUGAACUAAAAAAGUUAACGAAUUUAGAGUUAGUGUUCACAUCUACCACUACAUUGCAAAAUAUGAGCUUUAUUUUUUUUUAAUGGGAUUCGAAGAAUUUUCUUUUCCAGACUUUGUGGCAAGAUGAAAAUAUUCGAGAUGUUGAUUGGCAACAAGGCUCUGAGAAUUUAACAUCAACACCUGCAAGAUCACCCGUUGAAGCUACUUUCAAAUCAAGAGUAGGAGUUGGUUGACUAUGCUGACAAUGAUUGGGCAGAUUUGCUCGCAAAGUACUUCAAGUUAUGUGUUCUGUUUGGGUUCUAAUAUAUUCCAUCUUGGAGUUCAAGAAAGCAACAAACUGUAACUUUAUCUUCAGUCGAAGGCCCGAAGUAGAAUGUACAACUGUAAUUGAAGCUGCUUGUGAAGCGGUUUGGUUAAGGAAAAUCCUCAGAGAUGCCAACAAUAAACUUCUGUGAUAAUAUGCCAACCAGUACAAUCACCAAAGAUCUUGUCUUUCAUGCUCGGUCAAAGCAUAUUGAGUUAUAUCAUCAUUAUAUUAGAGAUUUGGUAGACAGAAGAAAUCUACAUGAAGUUCAUCAACACCAAUGAUCAACCAAUUGACGUCCAAGAAGUUCUAAGAAGUUUUUGAAAAUUACAGAUUGAGGGCUGUGUUAAAUGUAUUUUGCAACCUUCAAUUAAUCCUUUGAGAUUUCAAUACAGACUUUUUGAAAUAUGUAAAGAUAGGGAUGCUAAAAAAAACCCGAUAAAUCCAAUCUAAUCCAAACGAAUUGGAUUAUUGACUCAUUUACGUUGGAUUUGGUUCAAAUAAAUGAAAUUUUAUGAAUUGAGUU